GUUUUCCACUCGAAUCAGUUCAUAACUGACAUUUGUGUAGAAUAGAUUGGCUUUCAAGAUGCUGUUGGAGGUAACUUUCAGUUUCUUGUUAAUCUACAGUGUUGGUUCGUCAACUAUUGGUCUAAAGACAUCAAAUGUAGAAGAAUUGUCUGCAGAUGAAGCUUCCCAAGUGGCAGAGUCGAUCGUUAGGACUGGAUUAGAUGGAUUCAAACUGUUGCGAAUGUGGCAAACUAAAGAAGACAUAGAUUCCUGUAAUAUGGUUCUUACAAGAACCUUCAAAGUUCGAUUACAAUCCACGGGUGAGGUUUUCGAGAUUAGCAGUGACAGUAAUAUUACUCAUGCGAAUAAUUGUAUGAGCAAACGCAAACUUGUGAAAGCUAUAAAGAGAGGAGGAUUGACCCGAGUCCAGCAUGUUAUUCAAAAUGGAGAUGAUACGGUUCGAUUGGAUGACGUAUCUGUUGAUCUGUUUCGAACAGAUAUGGCCAACCUUGAGCAGGGUGAUAUUCGAAUAGUGAGCUCGAAUUAUACUUAUCAAUUCGCUUUUGUUGAAGGAGUGGAAACUGUCGACGCUGAGUUGAUCGAGCUACAUGUGCGUAUGGUGAGCACUGGAAAUGAAUAUGUAAUCAAUAUCGUGGGAGAACUUGAGCCAGUAGAGCCAGAAGACUUUCGGCCGAAAUCAGGCCCUCCUCUUCCCACAAACGUUCUCCUUUCACUCCUUGGAGGAGGAAAUUAUUCCAAAAUUAAGCGCGUUAGAAGUCGUAGAAAGAUCUCGAGUAACUAAUCGUAGAAAGGUUUAAGAUUCCAAACACAAAUAAAACGCUUGAUUAUCUACAACCCUACAUCGUUUUAUUUCAAGCUGCUAGUUUCCCAAUCAUCCAUUUACCGUAAAUGGCUUACUGUGAACCUUAGCCUGAUUAUCCCAUUGAAAACAUAUAAAUUUCACUUUUCUACUCCAUCCAUCCGUGCGCCUUUCUCCAGCGUCCAUUGUCCGUUUGAAUUCGCACAAGAUGGAUUCUUUCCUUCUGGAUCCUUUUGUUAGUGCACAGAAGAAAAACCUAUCCGAAUAGAUUGAUAAGUCCAACCUUUCGUACGUUUACCCUGGGCAACGUCAAGUUUGCUACACGCCAUUCAAAUAUCCGGUCUAUCUUCCGCAGUGAAAAAAAAUGUAACCGAAUUCACUCUUCAGAAGGGUCCAACCCGUAUCUGACCUGUCCGCUGGGCAUCUCAAACCACAUCCUGCACACACACUCAAUUCCUAUUAAUUUUACAAGAAGGAUAUCCAACCCUCGGCUUCCUGUUUGAUCUAGAAGCACCACCGCACCGAAAGAAAGCAAAACCUUUCCCGCACCAUUCCCUAACCAAUUUUUUACGAUUUUCUUUCUUACGAUCCUUGUGAAGCUGGGACGUUCCCCACUUGGUAGUGGGCAGUAUCUUUUUUUGCUAUAAAUAUGUAUGUAUAAAUUUAUCAACUUGUGUGGUGAAAAGGAUGCCCAAAAAGGCGAGUGGUGCUGUUUUGUUGUUGAGCUUUUUACUUUUCCUUUUCCUAUCGGUGAAAAAAUGAUGAACUGUAUGGCCACAUCUAACCAGUGUUAGGGCAUGUAACAGUGUUGUAACACCGAGAGAAAUGUUAACUCCGGAACUGAUUUGGUCCUAAUAAAUCUUUUGUUUUUCUACUCAGUUUUCGUUAAAAAUGGGAUAAUUAAUUGGAGAUAUUCGCACCGGUGCGAA